AUGGAAAAGAGAUUUCAUGAUGCACGCGAGGAGCGCGUUUCCACGGAACGCGAGUCGGACGAGAAAAAUGACGGACAAGAUUCGUCCCGUACUGGUGGUAUUUAUAAGGUGUCCGUGCGAGUCCCACCAUUCUGGCCUGAAGAACCAGAAAUUUGGUUCGCGCAAGUGGAGGGACAAUUUGCGAUUUCGGGAAUUACAAGUGACGCUACGAAAUUCAAUUAUGUAAUCAGCCAACUCGAUAACAAGUAUUCCCGAGAAGUGAAAGACAUUAUUAUUAGCCCACCAGCAGUCGGUAGAUACGAGAAACUAAAAGCAGAAUUAAUAAAGCGCCUUACAGCAUCAAACGAAAAUAAACUGAAACAACUUUUAAUGCAUGAAGAGCUCGGCGAUCGGAAACCUUCACAAUUUCUACGGCAUCUGAAGGGAUUGGCCGGCCUGGAUGUGCCAGAUGAUUUCUUAAAAACUAUAUGGAUUAGCCGUCUUCCACAUAGUAUCCAAACCAUACUUGCAAGCCAACCUGCUACUGCUCAUCCCGACGAUCUUGCAGACCUGGCGGAUCGAGUAAACGACCUGACUUCGACAAUGCCAAAGGUCGCAUCAAUGAGUCAGCAAAACCAGAUUUCCGAGGUUGAAGAAUUAAAGAAGGAAGUUGCGCAUCUCCGAAGAAGACUUCAGGACUUGACAACAAGGAGCGGACGGUCUAGAGAGCGAAGUUCACGACGUCCCACCCAUAGCAAGUCCCGAUCAAGGCAGCGGUCCCAUUCCAACUACCAGAAGUUCCCGCUAUGCUGGUAUCACGCAAAAUUUGGAGAAAAGGCCAAUCGUUGCAUCUUGCCCUGUGAUUACUCAGCGGGAAACUCCAAGGGCAGUCGAUAA